CCAACCUGCUGCUCGUGUGGAACCAAGCUGGUGUUGAUCACGUCAGUUGAAUGGAAGUUAUGUUCCGCGUUUGUCUUUAAAGUUAUUAGUGCUAUGCAGUUGGAGUUAUUUUAAUUUACAUGGAACUAAAAUGGCGUCGGUGUUUAUCAAUUAACUUUAGUAAAUGUAACUCAGUGAUCGCAUCCGAGUGAGUCAUAAACCAACAUAGCAAUGACAUUUUAUAGCGCACAGUGUGAAUACGUUUCUAUAACAUUGUGUGGAAGACUCGCAAUUGUGAUUUACGGAGCACAAUAAUGCGCGAAUUUAAAGUGGUCGUGUUGGGUUCGGGUGGGGUCGGAAAGAGUGCGUUGACUGUGCAAUUUGUAUCAGGAUGUUUUAUGGAAAAAUAUGAUCCGACGAUAGAGGAUUUCUACAGAAAAGAAAUCGAAGUGGACAAUUCUCCUUGUGUUUUAGAAAUUUUGGACACCGCUGGCACGGAGCAGUUUGCUUCGAUGCGAGAUCUGUAUAUAAAAAAUGGUCAAGGCUUUGUAGUAGUAUAUUCAUUAACAAACCACCAAACGUUUCAAGACAUCAAACCAAUGAAGGAAUUGAUUACUCGUGUCAAAGGAUCAGAACGUGUACCAAUUCUACUUGUGGGAAAUAAGGCUGACUUGGAACAUCAACGUGAGGUGGCGCAUGCGGAGGGCGCUGCGCUCGCGCAGAUGUGGGGCUGUCCCUUCGUCGAAGCUUCAGCAAAGAGUCGCACCAACGUGAACGAGAUGUUUGCAGAAAUUGUGCGUGAAAUGAACGUUAGUCCAGAAAAAGAAAAACCUUAUUGUUGUUGUACAGUGCUUUAAUAUUUAGUGUGUAAUGUGGCAUUUAUUUCUCGUAAGACUGCAAGAGCGAGGCGGGAGUUGGUCCGCUUCCGCUCGAUAGCCGGUUGCCUCCAGUGGAGAGCUAGGCGGCGGCGCGCCGGCAACGACCGCUGGCCCUCCGGCGGUCGCGAUGCGCGUCAUAUCACGUUGUUAAUAUCUUUGAUACAUACCAUUGUCCAAUCAAGGUGCUUUAUCUUAUAUUUUCAUACUUUAGUACUGGUAGAUACUCCCGCAGAUGAUUAUGAUUAAUAUAAGAAACAAAAUGAACAAAAUUUGAGAAGCAUAAUAUAAGAACCUAACUUUUGUUCAACAUAAUAGGAAUGUGAGCAAAAGCAUUCCAUUACAGCAAAUUGAACAUUAACAUGUAAACUAAUGUUAGUAUUUUUUGUAAAUAAUUUCAUGAGAUUAUAAAUAUUGAAGGGCAAGGAUGAUUUAGAGAAUUAAAAAGCCAUCCAAUAUGCAAUAAUUUUGUAUGAUUGUGUAGAGUGGAUCUUGGUGAGUAAGAGUUUACACCUAAGUCAUGUUACAGAAUGUGUUUUAUUGUGUAAAUUAUGUUUGUAUGAAAAACAAGUAAUCAAGGAAAUACAGUAAGAAUUGUCAGUUGCGUGAUUGUGUUUUAAAAGUCUACCAGGAUUUGUGAUAAUACAUAUAUAACAAAGUAUCUAUAAUAAAAGUUUUAAGUGGGAGAGU